UCCACCCGCCCUACCCACGCCGCUUACUCUAGCACGCUCGCUCGCUCGUUCGACGCACACAACAACAACAACAACAACAACAACAACAACAUCAACAACAACGAAAUUAAUAUUACCCGCACGCGCGCGCCGUUGGUCUCGCACGCUCGGAUUGUGCGCGAAAAAUUAAGCGCACGCACGCGCACACCGAUGGUGUCCGGUGCCCGUAGCGUUGCGUCGUUGGUGCGGGCGAAACGGGCGAAGCGGGCGGUGGCGGUACCGCCGUUUGAAAAUAUUACGGGAAGCGAACCCGUACACACACAUACAUCUCUGCGAUAACGCGACGGCGGUACCUACGGUGUGAUUGUGUGACGUCAGCGGCGCUUGGCAUCGAUUGUAAAUUGUGCACCGAAAUCUUGGCGGUCGUUUUAUCGCGUCCUAUUUUGCCGUCUGUGUGCGUGCGAGCGUCCGUCCGUGCUUGUAAACAAACAAGAAACGUUCAUUGGACAACUAACACGAACGAGCCCGAAGUUAUUCGUUUCAUUUGUACACGCUUUUUUUGUACGGCGUCGUCCUGCGCGUUAGACGACUUACGUUGUUUCAUCUGCGAUCCCUCCGUUCGUCAGGGCUUUCGCGCGAAUCGAUAACGCCAUUAACGCUCUGCCCGUCGAUUAUCGUUCACUAGCGGCGCUGCACCGUUGCUACAGACGAAGUCAUCUGAUCAUCUGGUGACCGCAAAUUACAAGAAGAUGAAUCGACCCGUCCGGAUAUCAGGCGACGUUAUUGACGUUAUUUACUGUUCUCGACAACAACAGUGGCAUCGUCUGCAGAACCGAACAGUGUAAGAGGCAAAAGCGGUACGUAUCCAGUUACAGUAUCCGUUAACAAUGAAGUUGUUGGAGAGCUCGCAACUGAACGACUUGUCAAGGGCACUGUGCGUGGACCGAGGAGACGUCAAAGUCUUAGCUAGAAUUGAAAGUUACUCGUGUAAAAUGGUGGGCGAUGAAAAACAUAAAUACAAGAAGUUUUAUUCCCAAAGUGGCACACAGCCAGGUGACCUUGAAGCACUGGGUUGUUCGCCCAAUAGUGAUCCAAGAUAUAGCAGAAGUUUGAGUGUAUCUGGGGAUGAAGAAGUAUUACUAUGUGAUACAAUAUCUCGUAAAUCUUUGUUUUACUUGAUUGCCACACUUAAUGCCACAUUUGCUCCUGACUAUGAUUUCACAGAUGCCAAGUCAUCAGAAUUUAGUCGAGAACGCAGUUUACAGUGGGUAAUGCGAGAUGUGGAUAAUAACUUAUCAGCAGUUAUAGUUGAACCUACCUUAUCAGCAUCCUGUAAUAAUUCCAAUCAAAAUAUUAUGAUGGCCCACUUACAAAGUGCUGCUUCUACCAAAAAUUAUUCACAGUUACGUGACAAGCUAUGGGAAGUGAUAGACAAAGAAAUUGGAAUGUCACAAUGUGACAUUUACAGUUAUACACCAGACAUGCGUUCAGAUCCAUUUAGUGAAGAUGGAUGUCUAUGGUCAUUUAACUAUUUUUUUUACAACAAAAAACUAAAACGAAUUUUAUUUUUUACUUGUCGUCGCAUAAUUAGUUCUUCAUACCCAAUGGAUUUUGAUGGAUCAAUAGGAACUGGAUCAGACUCUAUGUUUCAAUCUGACUAUUAUGAUGAUGAAAGUACUGAUAAUAAUAGGCGUUAUAGAGAACGAAGUCCAUUAACUAGUAGCCGCCGUUAAGUAAAUAUAAUGGUAACUUGGUGGUCGAAUCAAAACAAAAAUUAUCUUUUUUUUAUGCUUCUAAUAUAUAUUUAGUUUCCAUUGUUCAAAUACUAUUACUAUGAAUACAGCUUUUAUUUAAAAAAAAACAAAAAAAAAUUCUGUAUAUUUAUGUACAAUC